CCGCUCUGGCUCAAGUUCCACCGACAUCAGACCGAGAUGAUCAUCACCAAGCAGGGCAGGCGUAUGUUUCCCUUCCUGAGCUUCAACAUCACGGGCCUCAACCCCACGGCCCAUUACAAUGUCUUUGUGGAGGUGGUGCUGGCGGAUCCUAACCACUGGCGCUUCCAGGGAGGCAAGUGGGUGACCUGCGGCAAAGCCGACAACAACAUGCAAGGCAACAAAGUUUAUGUUCAUCCUGAAUCUCCCAAUACUGGAGCACACUGGAUGAGGCAGGAGAUCUCUUUUGGAAAACUGAAACUGACUAAUAACAAAGGGGCCAAUAAUAAUAAUACACAGAUGAUAGUUCUGCAGUCUCUGCACAAAUAUCAGCCUCGUCUCCAUAUUGUGGAAGUGACAGAAGAUGGUGUUGAAGAUAUGAAUGAUUCCUCUAAGACCCAGACAUUUAACUUCCCCGAAACACAGUUCAUAGCCGUAACUGCCUAUCAGAACACUGAUAUCACACAGCUUAAAAUUGACCAUAAUCCCUUCGCAAAAGGCUUUCGGGACAACUAUGAUUCCAUGUACACAGCUUCAGAAAAUGACAGAUUAACUCCAUCUCCCACGGAUUCUCCUAGAUCCCACCAGAUUGUCCCAGGAGCCCGGUACAGCGUACAACCCUUCUUCCAGGAACAGUUUGUCAACAACCUGCCACCAGCUAGAUUCUAUAAUGGGGAAAGGACUGUACCUCAGGCAAAUGGCCUCCUCUCUCCACAGCAGACUGAAGAAGUGACUAAUCCUCCCCAGAGAUGGUUUGUCACUCCAGUCCAGCAGCCUGGAGCUAGCAAACUGGACAUGAACUCCUAUGAGACUGACUACUCAUCGAGUACCUUACUCCCAUAUGGUAUCAAAUCCCUCCCCUUGCAGACGUCUCAUGCCUUGGGCUAUUACCCUGACCCAACAUUCUCCUCCAUGGCAGGAUGGGGGAGCAGAGGUUCCUACCAGAGGAAAAUGUCUACAGGCUUACCUUGGGCCUCCAGGACAAGCCCUCCUGGUUUCUCUGAAGAUCUCCUUUCUAAAGAGAAAGUGAAAGAAGAAAUGGGAUCAUCCUGGAUAGAGACCCCACCAUCCAUAAAGUCCCUGGAUUCCAAUGAUUCUGGUGUCUACACUGGUGCCUGUAAGCGUCGGCGACUCUCCCCAAGCACAUCAAGCAAUGAGAAUUCUCCCACAAUGAAAUGUGAAGACAUUAAUGCCGAGGACUAUGGCAAAGAGACUUCCAAAGGCAUGGGCUACUAUGCUUUCUAUACCAGUUCUUAAGAGUCUGGAUCCCAGGCAUCUAUAAUUAUAUAAUAUAAUUGACAGCCUAUAAUAAUUUUCUGUGGUGGGGCUGAGCUCUCCAGCAUAAAAUGCUGCCAAAAGAACUCUUUCCUGUCCACCUUUUGGACUAUUUGUUGUGCAAUUCUAUAGAAGGUGCCAAAGCUUUUGACUGACUUCUGCAGGUGAAAAGGGAAGAAACAGGGUAGUGCUCUCCUCCCCCAUCCAUCCAUCCCACUCCCAUCCCUGUAAAGAAACUCUUCUCUGCCCCAGUUCCCCAGGGAAGUUUGAGAGUGAGGGCCCUAAACUGUGUCUUGAUAUUAACUUGAGGCCCUCUUUCAAAAGGAUCGGGAAGGAAGGGGAAAAAUAGGGACGUACAAUAUGACUGUGGUGUAAGUGCGGAACCAAAUGGCUCCGUGUUUACCUGAUGGAGUUCAGAGCAUAAUUGAACAAUGACUAACUUACUGGUUCUGCUGUCAUUGUUGAACAUUAGGAGAUAAUCAAAAUGGACAUUUUACCUACAGAGGAAUUCUUCAUGAUGUAUGCAAGAACUGAAUUCAUGUUGUAGUAUUUAAACCUCACUUUGCUUUGUCCCAAGAGACUUUAAAUAUGUUGGCAGAAAGUUUGGGCAAUGAAGGAAUCCUAUGAAGGUAGGGGAAAAUACAGUACUACAUGUACAGCUCCGUGUCUAGGUAUAUUGUAGAAGAUGACAAAACAUUUUGUAUAGUUCUAGUCAUGGCAGUGUAGCUGGGUGUCUGAAGCUGGUGUGUGCUGGAAGCUCAUUUGAAUGACUUUUAAUCUGACUGUGGGCACUGAUCCCAAGAGUACGUUAAAAUAUCUAUUUAUUUGGCGGACAGUGAAUGUGUGUUUCAGCUGUUGUAAAUGGAAAGUGUGUUGUAUCUCUUGCUCAGUCUGUAAAUAAUCUUACCAGAUGAUGUUGAGGUUGACAAAGGACUUUAAAGAAACAAAGCAUUAAUUUUAUUGGGGGUGGGUGGUCUGUACAUAAAUGAUUUUUAAUAAAUGUGUUGCAGUGGUAGGAGCUGCUGCUUACUGUUCUGUUGUACAAAAAGAAAAAAAAACCACACCAAGUGACAGCUGAAAGACUUCUUUUAACUGUUUAUAAGAAGUCAGGGUCAUCUCUCCCCCCCAUAAGAUCCUUAACUGUUGGGAAGUCCGUCUUUAUUUAAAGGGAGAGCAGGAGAACAAUCACCUCCAGCAACUGCUCCAGGAACGUCUCAACAUAAGGGGGGGCGGUAAAGCUGCAGACGAGCCACAAGUGUUGCUACCGCGUGAAUGCACGCAAUGCCCUUCAGAAGGGACCCUUUCCCAAAGCCUGGGGGAGAGGAUUCCUGAGCCCUACGGAUGGACGCUUAGGCCUCUUUGUUUCUCUCUUCCUGGUCCACUGGACGACGCCAAAGCGCCAGAGUCCAGCACAGAAACCCGGUAAGAUUUUUUUUUUUCCGCUGCUUCUUGGCGCAAAAUCGCUGCGCAUCCGGGACUGAUUCUCCGACGGCUCUUAGGAGAACGUGGCUUGCCGAAUGCGAGCCGAAAAGCUAGUCCAGACAUGGCCCGGGCAAGCUAGACGGGAGUUGAGGGCCCGCCGGGUCCAGAUCCUGCUCAGCUGAGGGAAGGUUUCCACCCCAG